GUAACUAUGUAAGUGGGGAGUGUUUGCCGUACAAGUAGAUUUGCACCAUCACCCUUUACCUGCCAACAUAACAUCACUUACACAAAUUUACUCUCUUUUUCUCUCUACUUAAAAAACCCAUCUGAUUUCUUCAACUUUUUUUUAUUAUGGAGUACAAGUAAUUUACUUCAUAUCUUCAUUUAUCUGUUCAUCACUUUCAAGCUGAACUUUUAUAGCUACAAUCAUCAAUCUCAAUGGAGUUUCUGUGAGAUUUCACAUUCUGUAAAGAACAUGGAAAGGGUUGAAAGCUCAAGGGAGGAACUAAGUGUAUGCUGUGAUACUAGGUUUGAACCAUGUACCAAUUUCUUCUCCAUGAGACAGUAUGUUCUUCUUUCGCGUCAAAAGGAUAUCUUUAAGAGUUGGCCAUUCGCGGAGAAAUACUUGAGAUUGUGCCUCAAGUAUGGAGUUACUAACGUGCUUCCACCUCUGUAUGAUAACAAGGGCAAGGUGACUAAUGAAGGAGAUAAUCAUGAAGUAUCAAUCCAAGAAACAUUAAUGUCUAUGAAGGGGAAGAAAUCAAGGAAGUGGAAGCGUAAAAUGAAGACAAUGGAAGAGAUUUUCGCUACUGCAAAGCAUUGCACUUUGGAGGAAUUUGAUGAGAUGAUCAUGAGGGAAAACAGUAGGAGAAUUCAGAUCAAUUUGGAGUCUAGCUGUGGUUAUAAAUCAGAUGUUACAGAUGACGGCGCAGAGCAUAAUAACCAACUGUCUACAUGUAGGAGUAUUGAAGUCUUGGAGUAGAUUAUCAAGUUCAUCAUAUAAAGCACUUAAUCUAAAUACUGAGAAUUGUGCUAGAAGUUUUAAGAGGAAGUCGCGAGAAAUUUAUGGUCCAAAAUCAGCUUUCAAGCUGCGAGAUGCAUAAAGAUUUGUCAUUUUGGGUAUUGUUUGGCAUCACUAAAGGUAAAGAUCUCAUCAGAUAGCAGUGUUGAAGAAAUCUGAAGUUGAUGAAAUGAUCUGAAGGGAAGACAUUUGAACAUUCUGAUAUGUUAUGCUUUGUUUUAUUCUUAUACCUUAAGUCCUUAGUUAAUGUGUGAUAUAAAUCUGUUUGAAGUCUAAUGGCUCUAGCCUGUAUAAUCAAGUCACUGUACGAAGUCGAACUGUCCAAGCUCUUGUGUAGUUUAUCCUUUCUCCUAUGCUAAGGAACAGUGCUGGAACCACGGUCUUAAGACAACGAACUUUUCGGCCACUGAAAGGCUAAACUUUGGAAUUGGGGGGAAGGAAUAUGAUUUAGCAAUCA